AUGUCUACAACAGACAAGACUCAAUCAACAUCCCUAGAUGAGCUGGAGACCAAAGGCGAUACGUCUAUUGCCGUAAAUGGAGGCGCUUCCGAGUCUUCACCUGAGUUUAAUCGCUUUCUUGAAUUAGAUAAAUCUCUUAAUAAAGAGGCGAAGAAAAAGUUACUGAGAAAAUUGGAUUUACGCUUGCUUUCAACUUUGAGCUUCUUAUACUUGAUGUGCUCUUUAGACAAAUCCAACGCAGGAAAUGCCAAAUUAUUCGGCUUCUUAGCAGAUAUUGGAAUGAGUGAUACUCAAUACAACCUUGGUCUAAUGUACUUCUUCUUCACAUACGGUCUUUUCGAGCCGAUCUCAAACAUCAUGCUUCGAAGAUUCGGGCCCAAGAUUUGGUUUCCGCUCAUCGUCUGCUCGUGGGGCCUCAUCACAAGUCUGACUUCGCAAGCUCAGUCAUACCCCGGAUGCGUGGUGAUCAGACUGAUGCUAGGUAUCACAGAAGCCGGCCUCUAUCCAGGUGCCUACUUUAUUCUUUCGAUGUGGUACACUCCGAAGGAAAUCGGUACUUGGAUGGCAAUUUUUUAUGGUGCAAAUACAACAGCUGGUGCCUUCGGCGGUGUUAUCGCUUAUGGCGUUGGGAAUCUCGAUGGGAGCCUAGGCUGGAGAGCAUGGAGAUGGCUCUUCUUGAUUGAAGGUUCCAUUACUAUGUUUGCUGGUUUAUGCUGCAUUUUCUGCUUGCCAUCAUUCCCUCAUCAAUAUGAUACCAGCAAGCGUAGCUCUUGGCUGACUGCUAAGGAAAUGGAAUAUGCGUCGCUUCGCGUCAGAUAUGCGAACGGUACUAUUUCAUCAACAUACGAGUUCCGUUGGAGUGACGUUGUCGCAGCUGCCAAGGACAGAAAGACAUACUUCAUGUAG